UGUGUCCUAUUGUAACCCUACAGUCCAGAGAUCACUGGUCCAGUCUGUGUCAUACUGUAACCCUACAGUCCAGAGUUUGCUGGUCCAGUCUGCAUAUGUUAUUUGUCUGUGUGUAAAGGGUGUAUGUCAGUAUACAUGUAAAGGGUGUUGUGUGUGUAAAGGGUGUGAGUACGUCAGUCUGUGUAAAGGGUUCUCUGUGUAUGUAAAUGAUGCAGUCUGUAUGUGAAGGGUCCUCUGGCUGUGUGUAAGGGGAGCUGGGUGUAUCGAAGGUGCUGUGUUUAUUCAGGGAGUUUCUCUUGUUCUUGUUCUCAGACCUGCGCAAUCUGAUUUUCACUGUGAGUCAGAGCACAGAGCUGAGCUGCAGCACAUUGCCUCAGCGAGUGACUGCAUCUCUCUCCUCUGAUCCAUUUCGUAUGACACUGAUAAGCACUGUGCACAACACACAUCUUUUCCUAUGCCAUGCCUGAGCCAGCACAGGAGGACUGGUUAGCCCAGGAGUGCUGUGGACAGUGCUGUCUGUGUCCAGGAGUGCUGUGGACAGUGCUGUCUGUGUCCGGGAGUGCAGGGGUGCUGUGGACAGUGCUGUCUGUGUCCAGGAGUCUUGUGGACAGUGCUGUCUGUGUGUAGGAGUGCUGUGGACAGUACUAUAUGUGUCCAGGAGUCUUGUGGACAGUUCUGCCUGUCCUAUAUCUGGGAAGGACUCACCAGCUGAAUUAAGGAAAACUCCAGAGUUGUCAGACUGUAACACAGUAUGGAAUUUAGUCAGGACACAAGAAUUAACACUUCAUGUCCAAGUGAACAGGAUUUGUUUUAAUAUCUUAAAAUUAAAACUUAAAACUCAUCUAAGUCUCCUACACACAGUUUUUCUGGUCUCUGUGCAGCAGCAGCCUGGUUUCCCUUAGGGAUCCAGUACUGACAAUGUCCAGACUGGCUUGGCCUCAGAGACAUAAUGAAAUCAGGUUCCAGGGAGGUAACUCUUCCACUACAGUAUAUGCUGUACAGUGCUUUCUGUAAUACUCACAUUCAUGUUGGGUCCAGCUAACACAGCCUUUCUUUUCCUGAACAAAGUACUGGCUGGAUUUGGACAAGCAGCGAUCUCCACGGUGCCCAGCAGCAGAGCCACAGGAGAGCCGAGAGAGUCCUGGCCCUGUGAUGCCAGUGAGCCCCAGUCAGAGCCGGAUGUCUGGAGCUGUCGGCUCGCUGCGCUGUCAGUGUGCCUGCGACCAGCUCAUGUUUUGGUUGGCACAGCCCUGCCUCGUGCCCCUCCCACAGUCAACUGUAUAAGACCAAGCUCCCAGGAUCAGAGGCUCUGUACAGUAUUGAGCCUGUUGCUGUCUUGGUCCGUCUGCCUGUCCUGCUGUAGCUCCGGGAUUCACCAUGACCUUUGUUGCUCCACCCGGAUACCAGCCGCUCUACAAUCCCACAGUCCCCUACCUUGGCCCGAUCAAUGGAAACCUGAGAGCUGGGAUGUCCAUCUACAUCCAGGGAAGAGUUCCUCAUGAGAUCACCAGCUGUUCUCGUCUCUCUGUCCCUCAGGUGAAUGUGAAUGGCCGGCAGUUCUACCUUUUCCAGCACAGGAUGCCCCUGGAGAGAGUGAGCAAUCUGGAGAUUGGAGGGGACGUCAUCAUCCAGUCUCUGAACAUCCUGGGGGUGAGAGAGGGAGGGAGAAAGAGGGGAGCUACUACUACUACUACCAUUACUUCCUGUCUCUGUCACUACUGCUGCUGUAAAAACUCUUGUUACUGUUACUGCUGCUGCUGUAUCGACUACUGUUACUGCUGCUGCUAUAACAACUACUGUCUCUAUUGCUGCUGCUAUAAUGACUACUGUCCCUGUUACUGCUGCUGGAUGCAAGGCUACCCUGGAGGAAUGGGGGGCGGAAUGCAGGGAGGCAUGCAGGGCUACCAGGGUGGCAUGCAGGAUUACCCCUGUGGUGGUAUGGGUGGCAUGGGGGGCGGCAUGCAGGGCUACCCCUCUGGUGGCAUGGGUGGCAUGGGGGGAGGCAUGCAGGGAUACCCAGGAGGAGGAAUGGGGUACCCUGGGGCUAACCUACCGAUGAUCAGUGGAGCUCCAGUCUACAACCCGCCCAUCCCGUACUCCAACAUGAUCCCCGGAGGAAUGACCCCCAAACGUACCAUCAUCAUCAGAGGCAUGGUGCCCUACGGAGCCAACAGGUUCCACAUGAACUUCAUGGUGGGCUUCUCGCGGGACAUAGCCUUCCACCUGAACCCACGGGUGGCGGAGGGGCUGGUGGUGAGGAACAGCUGCCUGGGCGGCUCCUGGGGCCAGGAGGAGAGUGACCUGGAGUUCAACCCCUUCCAAGAGGGACAGUAUUUUGAGAUCUCGGUGCGCUGUGGGAACCAGCGGUACAAGGUGUUUGUGAAUGGGCAGUACCUGUGUGACUUCUUCCACCGCCUGCAGCCCUUCACCCAGGUGGACACCCUGGAGGUGGAGGGUGAUGUCCAGCUCUCCUACAUACACUUCUGAGCCGCCAGUCCCCUGAGUCUCAGAGGCUCUGAGACUCCCUUUCCUCUUCUGGAGUCCCCGAUUCUGAUUCCUCAUCCUUCUCCCACAGUUCCCUGUAUCCCUGUCCUCCAUCUCUGUUCCUCUGUUCUCUGAUUCCCUGUAUCCCUGUUCUCCAUCUCUGUCCUCUGACUUAAAUGGUGCUGAGCAGUUAUCCGACUGACUCCCUGUCAGUCUCUCCCCUCCUCUCUUCACAGACCAGAUUCUCAUCAUUACAGGGUCAGAUGCCUAAUUUUACAUUGUAAAUGUCUUUUGUCUGCUUCCUUUUUAAACUGAAUAAAGCAUAUCUAGCUGUGUGUCA